CUCCCACUGAGACUGAACCCACUGAAACCACCCCUACAACAAUCGCAACCACUGAAUCCACCACACGCACAACAACGCGUCGAACCACUGCCGGGACUAGCGCCUGGACUAGAGCCGGGUCUAGUGCCGGGACUAGCGCCGUGACUAGCGCCGGGACUGGCGCCGGGAUUAGCGCCGGGCCUAGCGCCGGGACUAGCGCCUGGACUAGCGCCGGGCCUAGCGCCUGGACUAGCGCCGGGCCUAGCGCCGGGACUAGCGCACCGGAUGAAUGUAGGAAAGCACUUUCCACAGUCAGCGAGAUCAGAAUUUACCUCGAGAUUGCCAUUAACUCGCAAACGGAAUACAAGUUCAUGAAUGAGAAAGAUAUGCAAAUAUUAUCUGUCCUCAAGGAUUUCAAUGUCAGCAAAGUGUUGACUUACAAGAUCAUCACUCUCAUAGCGCCAGGUGUUUGUGAGGAAGUGGAAAUUUGCAAUGGCCCCCUAGUCUGCAGCACGGAGUACUGCGUUGUGAAGCAACCGAAACGGGUGACAUGUCCUGCGAUUCAUCCUUCAUGCCCCUUGGUGCGUUAGGUAUUCGCACAUCAUUCACCGCCUUGCACAAUUAUGUGGUGGAAACAGAAAUGAUUAUUAUGGUCACG